AUGGAUUCCUACUCAUACAACUCAAAUUCUUCAUACGUGUAUGACCCAAAUACUUCGUUCGGGUCUGACUUUGAGAGGCUGUUCGACCCGUUUAGUAUUAAUGGGGUUGUGAUAGGCGGGUCAGCGGCGCCAUCUCACUCUCUGGUGUUGGAUAGUGAGAAGGGAGAGCUUGUGAAAGCUCCGGCGAGAGUAGGGAAGAAAGGGGUGUCGGAGGAAAAGACCUUGGCGGCUUUGAAGAGUCACAGCGAGGCGGAGCGGAGGAGAAGAGAGAGAAUCAAUGCUCAUCUCACUACUCUUCGUGGCCUAGUGCCCUCCACUGACAAGAUGGACAAGGCCACACUGCUGGCUGAAGUGAUCACACAAGUGAGAGAAAUGAAGAACACAGUAGCAGAAGCAAGCCAAGGCUUUCUCAUUCCAAUGGAUGCUGACGAAGUUAGGGUUGAAAGCUGUGAAGAUGGAGAAGAAGAAGGAGCCGUGUGUUACAAGGCAUCUAUCUGCUGCGAUUACAGACCCCAGCUUUACUCUGAGCUAAGACAGGCCAUUGAUGCUCUUCAGCUUGAGAUGGUGAAGGUGGAAACAUCAACUUUGGGAAGCAGGGUGAAAAAUGCAUUUGUUUUCACGUGCUGCAGAGGAGAUAAUAUUAAUCUUGAAGAACGCCAAAGCCUUGCAAAUCAUGUUCACCAGACCUUGAGUUCUCUUCUUGAUAAAGCUGCAGCCAUGCCAGAAUGCUUUCCAAGAACCGAAGUAAUCCCAAGUAAAAGGCGAAGGGCUGCUUUCUUUGACACCUCCAGUUCUACUUCAUCACCAGGAAAGCUGCCUAAAUGCUGCAGUGACUGA